AUGUUGGUUGCUCCUAUUUCUGAUGAUGAAAUGGAGGUUGCUAUUAAUAGAAUUAGCGAUAUCACAACUCCUGGUGUGGAUGGCUUUGGUGCAAAGUUUUUCAAAACUGUGUGGGAUGUUGUCAAAGUUGAUGUGAUUAAUGAUGUCCAGGAAUUAUUUGCUAAGGAGAAAUUGUUCAAAUAUGUCAAUAGCUCCCUAACAACCCUCAUCCCUAAAUCUCAUAAUGCUACUAUAGUUAAAGAUUUUCGACCAAUAUCCUGUAGUACUACAAUAUACAAGAUCAUUUCAAAGGUUAUGACUAAUAGACAGAGAAAAGUGUUGAAAAGUAUUAUAGAUGACAGAGAUCCUAUAUCUAUUAAGCUGGCCUUGGAGUGCUUCAAAGAGUUUUCUCAAUCAAAUGGCUUGGAUGCUAACCCCAACAAGUGCAAAGUGUAUUUUGGCAAUGUUGAGACUAGUGAGCAACAGAUUGUGGCAAGAAGAACCCAGCUCAUAAAGAGUGUGUUGUUUGUUAUUGUGAACUAUUGGAUGCAAUGCAUCCCAAUCCCUAAGAAGGUGAUUAAAGUUGUGGAAACUGUUUGUAGAACCUUCUUAUUGUCUGGACUUGAGAAAGCAUCUAGGAAGUCAUAUAGCUUGGCAAAGGAUCCUAUGGAUAAAAUGAAUACACUAUUACUAUACAAAAGGGAUAAGUAUAAUGAUUGUGUCUAUGAGGAGUUUUUGCUCUUGGAUCCUCAAGGCUAUAUUGAAAAAGAGUGGAAUCAUAAAUCAAAGUGUUACAUUGAGCAAUUUGAUGCAGCAAGACAAAUUUAA